GCGCCGCGGCGCGGCGGACCGACAGGCUGCCCAGCCUGCUGGAGCGGCCCGGCGGCCAGGCGGCCCGCCAGGAGGCUGACUGCGUGGAGCCGAGGGCCACAGAGUCGAUGCCAGUCGGCUGCCAGAAGCUGCGGCGCUCUGUCGCGACGCGCAGGACCAUGCCUAGCCCAGGCACCCCGGACACGGGCACCCAGUCCGUGUCCGUGCCGGUGGCGGCUAUCCGCGCCAGGACCAAGCCAGAGGCGGUUUUCGCUCCGCAGGUCCUACCUCUGCUGGAACCUUCAAGGCCAGCCUUGCUUGAGGGCGUGGUCGAGAUGCACAACUGUGCUAAAGAGAUGGGUAUCCCGAUGGACACCAUGCGGAGUGCCGUCAGCUUGUUCAAGAAUCAUGCGACGGCCCUACGCGAAGGCAAUUUGUUGACAGAUGGGUACCUAACUAAGAGCAGUUUCGUGUCUCUCGUCAAGCAGAUGCUGAACGAAACUGGUGUGCGUCACGAUGCUGUCGAAGAGGCAAGCGUGAUAGAUCGUUUUGUUGGUACUUUCAUGUCCGCUGAACAAGACUGCAAGGGAGUGAUGAACUUCCGAGACUUCGCCAUCUGGUACAGCAGUCAUUGUUUCGACGAGAAUUUCUUGGACGCGAAGGAGCAGGCGAUGCGCAAGCUCAGCCGCAAGUUGGGAGUCUCCCCCACAGAAAUUGAUAACUACAAGAGGCACUUCGACAUUGUGGAUGCAGACGGCAGUGGCGAGAUAGACGCCGAGGAGUUCUUGGCGAUGCUGUACAAGUUCACUAAGGUGCCCAAAGACAUCGGCCUGCCGCGCAAGUACGUCAACGACAUGUUCAGAGCCGCGGACACGAACUGCGACGGGUCAAUCGACUUCGAGGACUUCGUGGUUUUCUCCCAGAAGUUUCUCUAUUGAUGAGAAACAAAAAACAUAUGUGUACAUGCACUUGUGCUGCACCACCAACCCAAAACCAGGGACUGACCCUAAGCACGCCUGUAGCAGCCAUCGAGUUGGUUUGGGAACCACGGAUCUGAUAUGAUGCUAGGCAACAGAGAAGUAGACACGUUGCGCUCGCGAAACGCGCGCGAUAAUUCUAGUAUAUCUCUCUGCGCUUUCUGUGCGAUUUGCGAACCGUGCAUAAGCUGAGCGCUGCCGUGCACAGGCUCGCCGAUUACAUGUUAAUUGUGUUGCCAAUUCGUUUUUUUGUGUUCAGCGAGCACAGUGACUCCUCAAGACUGCUGCCCGUGGAAUCCCAGUGAUUCUCCAAGCGUGAAGACGCCUGCGGCCCAGUGCUCCCAGCGCAGCUUAGAUGGCUAAUAUGGCUUCGUCUUGCUGCACGCCGGGUGCAUGAACAUAGCGGUCAGGGCUUCACACGCCUGGCGGGUAGUUUCUGCAGGCCGUGUUGAGAGUCAUGUCAGUCAGUGCUUGGAUAGGAAGAAGUUGCUCGUUGAUGGAUCGUGUGAUGCUUGGGGGAGCAUGGGUACGACCACGGUACGAGGGUGCGCUCCCGAGUCUCUUUGCUCCUGGCAUGUGCUCUGUCGGGGGGACCCUUGGCCCGCACUGCGGUCAAGCCGGGAACCUGUAGUGGAUGAGGAAAAAGGGGUGCUGGAGGAUGCCCCCCAGCUGUAUGAACGGCACCGCGGGACUCCCCAGCUGCUCACCGCGGUGGUGCUGCAAGCCAUGUCUUCGAUUGCGGCUCGCGACAUGUUGGUCUCUGGUCUGAUUGCGCUGGGCCCUGUGCUCGGGACGCUGGAGCUGCCAGGAGAAGCGGCAGCACAGUGCCCCCCCGAUGAUUCUGCCUCGAAGACGGCGCUCUUUCUUGUUCGCCUCGAGGUUUCACACGUAUGAGCCGCCUCGAAUCGAGCGCGGUUUCUUAAUCUUUCGUUAGCAGUUCGGCCGCGGUUUUCCGCGGCGGUGCACCUGUGCUCAGGCCUCCUCUUCUCGCACCUCCUCGACCUCUGGGCUCCCCGCGUCAGCGCACAGUGCCAUCUUUAUUGCCAACGGGCUUUCCUGCCUGUGCGUGCGCAUGGUUUUUUCGCUUGUCUCAGCGAGCAGCCGCUGACGACGGGCCGUGACGGCGUGAGUGUGUUAGCGUGGUUGCGUGCAACAUCGUCAGUGCACGGUCCCGCUGGACUAUGGGAGAGUGGCAGGUCCGUUUGUGCCGCGUUACCGAGGUGCCAGUGGUGACGGAUUCGGUGCGGGCAUGUCUUGCGGCCGGAUGAAAAUGGG